UUCUUCCUCCCCUCUAAUUCCCUCCUUCCGUGGUGCCUCUGCGUUCAGACACACGACCACAGCGAUGCCAGAGACAACGCAAGAGACGUGCGCUUCGGCCAAGGACUCUCCUUUCUUCAUUAAGAACCUGCUGAACUGUGAUAGCAAACCGUCCAAACCCAAGCCCGUGCUGGCUGCAACCAAGUUGGCUUUGGAGGGAGGAUUUUCCCUUUCUCAGGUCGGGGACUUCAGCUUUCCCCGCUUUGACCUGUCCGCACAGAGGUUCAGUCUACCGGCUCACUACUUGGAGCGCACCUCGGCGUGGUGGUACCCCUACGCCCUGAGCUCAUCGCACCUACACAGAACCGAAGUUAUCGACAAACUAGGAGCCAGAGACUCAUCUCCGACCUCGGGCACGGACAGAGACUCGCCGGACCUGGUUCUCAAAUCCGAGCCAGACGUCAAAGACGACGACGACGACGACGAUGAACACAACAACAGCAAAAGUGGCGACGAGAUCAUCCUGGAGGAGAGCGACACGGAAGAAGCCAAAAAAGACGACCUGGAGGAAUGGAAGAAGAGGGACGACGACAAGAAGCCGUGCCGCAAGAAGAAGACGCGCACCGUUUUCUCCCGGAGCCAGGUGUUCCAGCUGGAGUCCACCUUCGACAUGAAGCGGUACCUGAGCAGCUCGGAGCGGGCCGGCCUGGCCGCGUCUCUCCACCUGACGGAGACGCAGGUGAAGAUCUGGUUCCAGAACAGGAGGAACAAGUGGAAAAGGCAGCUGGCCGCAGAGCUGGAGGCGGCCAACCUGAGCCACGCCGCGGCUCAGAGGAUAGUCCGGGUGCCCAUCCUCUACCACGAGAACUCGGUCUCGGAGAGCGGGCUCGUCGGUGCCAACGUGCCCGUGAGCCAGCCGCUGCUCACGUUCCCGCACCCCGGGGUGUACUACUCCCACCCCAUCGUCACAUCCAUGCCGCUGCUCAGACCCGUUUGAAAAUAGAUGAGUCUGGCGCCACAAGUUGGUGUCGAUUUUCAAAAUCAUCCGAAAAGUUAAAAAAAUAAAAUAAAAUAAGACUUCAUAUUUUUGUACAACUGACUGAAUGAAGAAAAAAAAAUUGAAAGAACGGGGACACACUGUCGGGCCUACGUGGACCUAUUUUGGCAAAUAUAUUGUAUCCUUUUUUUCCAAAAAGGUGCCGU